AGCUUGCAGAUCCAACAAAACGAGUAGCAGGAAAUUAUCCAAAGGGAGCCAGAGGGUCUCCACGAUCUCAGUGGAAGGGAUGGGAAAUUUUGCCAUCACGGCCAAGGAGCUUAAGUGUCUGCUGGACAAUUCCUGGUUGAACGACGAGAUCAUCAACUCCUACAUGGCUCUGCUGCGCCUUAGGUCGAAGAUCCAUGAAGGGCUGAACGACACGUCCUUCCCUCGAUGCGAGUUCUUCAGCAGCUUCUUCUACGCCAUCCUGCGUAACGCCAAGGGCGGAUACUCUUACAAGAAUGUGGAGAGGUGGGGGCGGAGGAAGAACUUUCUAGAGUGCGACCACAUCUUGUUUCCCAUCAAUGUUUCGAACAUGCACUGGUGCCUCGCCGUGGUUUCCCCGAGGGACCUCAAGAUUGAGUACUACGACUCCAUGGGAGGAGAGAACAAGACCUGUGUUGACCUUCUUGAGAGGUACAUGCAGGAUGAAGGAGCAUAUCGCAAAAUAGAGCAUUUUCAAAGUUCCUGGAACAAGUUCUUUCGAGGCCCUCCCGAUGUGCCGGAACAGAAGGAUGGGUCAGGAUGUGGAGUGUUUGCAUGCGCGUUCGCUGACUGCAUCAGCGCUGGCAAGGACGUGAAAAGUUUCGAACAGAACAACGUCUCGAGCAUCAGGAGAUGUAUGUCGUCGCUGAUCCAGUCCUGUGACAUGUAGCAGUAUUCCCCCUCGUCUUUCUCCCCUUCGACCUCUUCCUUCCUCCUCUCCUCCUUGGUCACAGCUUAUUGUUUAGUCUCCCCCAUCUCC